AAGAGUUAAAUUCACAAAAUCUAUGUGUUGAAACUAUAGAAAACGUUCAAACGAUUAACAUUAAUAAUUAUGAAACCAAGAAUAUUAACGAGAUAAAGAACAAUAAUGAGAUCAACAAUUAUAACGAAGUAAAUAAUACAACAAAUGUAGAAAACAUACAUAAUGAAAUUAUCACUGAAACGAUAGUACAAAAUACGAUCAUACAACAGGUAGUUCAACCUGGAGAAAGACAAUCCUAUUGGUUUGACAAUGUAGUGGCUGUGAUUAAAGAUGUUGAAAAACGAGUAUUAGGUGUAGAUGGAUCAAAUAGAAAGAGCAUAUUGUUUCCCAAUCAUGAUGAUAAUGGAAAAAGAAGGAGUACGCUUUUUUCCAAUUAUGAUGAUGAAGCAAAGAGAAGAAGUACAUUGUCCACUAAUGAUGAAGUUAAAAGAAUGAGUACAUUGUCCACUAGCGAUGAAGCAAAAAGAAAGAGUACAUCGUCCAAUAGUGACGACGAAGCAAAGAGAAGUAGUACACCUUUGUCUGACGAUGAAGCAAAGAGGAAGAGUACAACAUUGUCCAAUGAUAACGAUGACGAAACAAAGAGAAAGAGUGCAUCUUUAUCCAAUAACGAUGAAGUGGCUAAUAAUAGCACUGUAAAAGACGAAAAUAAUUGA